AUGUCGAGGAGAAAUCUAACUAAUUCUCACAUUAAUUUACAUUCAACUUCGCAAGAUAAUUUGGAUUCUAUAGAGAACAGUUCUCCAGAAUUUGGUUUAAAUCAUACAAAUAUUAACGACAACAAUAAUAAUAAUAAUAAUAAUCACUAUAACAAUAAUAACAGUAAUAGAAACAGCGGUAACCCUUUCUUAGGUAGUGAUGAAGAAGACUAUGAUAUAACAAGACACAAUCCUCAAUCUGAGACUUCCUCAUAUAACAAUCAAGAUAAAUCAAAGGCUCUACUUCAAGAUGAUUCGACCAGAUUCAAUUUCGAAGAUUCUACCGCUCACAAUAUCUCUGAUUAUAAGGGCUAUUACUCUAGAAAUGUAAGUGGAAUAAACGAUUCUAAAUUUAAUACAGAUUAUGACUCGACCAACAAUAACAACGUCAAUCAAGCUAAUAAUCGUAUAUUACCACAAAGCUAUUCUACAAACACCUUAUCAAAUGGUGAUACGUCACCAAAUUUAAAUCUGUCCAACAAUGAUAUAAUGUCUCCGCCCGCAUUUGACAGAUAUCCUCUCGUUGGCUCUAGAGUAGCAUCUUCUACUAAUCUAAUAGUCCCUAAUAAUGGUUAUCCAAAUAAUCAUAACGAUAAAUUCAUUUAUUCAAAUAGAUCAUCUCCAAGGGAAGGUUCUGGUUCCACUUUUUCAUCAUCUAACAAUCCAUUUACUGCGGAACAUGAUUUUUCUCCAUUCGGUGGUUAUCCUGCAACAUCUUUCCCAUUAUUGAUGGAUGAUAAAGAAGAUGAUGACUAUUUACAUAAUCCAGAUUUAGAAGAAGAGGCAAGAUUGGAUAGACAAAGGUUUAUGGAUGAUUUUAAACAUAUGGAUAGAAAAUCUUUUGUCGGUUUAAUAGGUAUAUUGACCUUAUUUGCAGCAGGUAUAGUUAUUUUUAUUGUCCUACCUGCCUUAACAUUUACAGGUGUCACAGAUCAUCGUUCAGCUGGCCAAGUUAUUGAAUUAUUAACCCCUUAUCAAUAUCCUCAACUAGCAGCUAUUAGAACCACAUUGGUAGACCCAGAUACUCCAGAUGAUGCUAAAACAAGGAAAGCAAGAGAUGGUUCCGAUUGGCAAUUGGUUUUCUCUGAUGAAUUUAAUGCUGAAGGAAGAACAUUUUAUGAGCAUGAUGAUCAAUUUUGGACCGGUCCAGAUAUACAUUAUGACGCUACAAAGGAUUUAGAAUGGUAUACCCCAGAUGCUGCUACUACCGCUAAUGGUACUUUGCAAUUAAGAAUGGAUGCUUUCAAAACUCAUGGUCUUUUUUAUAGAUCUGGUAUGUUACAAAGUUGGAAUAAAUUAUGUUUUACGCAAGGUAUCAUUGAAGUAUCUGCCAAUUUACCUAACUAUGGUCGUGUCACUGGGUUGUGGCCAGGUCUUUGGACCAUGGGGAAUCUAGGUAGACCUGGUUACUUGGCUUCCACUCAAGGGGUAUGGCCUUACUCCUACGAAUCAUGUGAUGCUGGUAUCACACCAAAUCAAAGUUCACCAGAUGGAAUCUCAUAUUUACCAGGUCAAAAAUUAAAUGUCUGUACAUGUGAUGGUGAGGAUCAUCCAAAUCAAGGUGUCGGAAGAGGCGCUCCAGAAAUUGAUAUUCUUGAAGGUGAAGUUGAUACAGCUCUUGGUGUUGGUAUAGCAUCUCAAUCUUUACAAGUUGCCCCAUUUGAUAUUUGGUAUAUUCCCGAUUACAACUUCGUUGAGAUUCACAAUGCCAGUAUAACAACAAUGAACACAUAUUGUGGUGGUCCUUUCCAACAAGCUGUUUCUGCAGUAACAACUUUAAAUACAGCAUGGUAUGAGUUUGGGCCUCAAGGUGGUUAUUAUCAAAAAUACUCUAUCGAAUACUUAAAUGAUGAUGAGGAUGGUUACAUUUCCUGGUAUGUUGGUAAUAACGCAACAUGGACGCUUCAUGCUACCACUUUACAUCCAAACGGUAAUAUUGGUUGGAGAAGAAUUAGUAAAGAACCAAUGUCGAUUAUUUUAAAUCUUGGUAUUUCAAACAACUGGGCUUAUAUUGAUUGGCAAUAUAUUUUCUUUCCGGUUACAAUGUCUAUUGACUAUGUGAGAAUUUAUCAACCAAGUGAUGCUAUAUCUGUUACUUGUGAUCCUGAAGAUUACCCAACAUACGAUUAUAUAAAUGCACAUGCAAAUGCUUACCACAAUGCAAAUCUAACAAGUUGGGAAGCUGCCGGUUACACAUUCCCUAAGAAUAUUUUGACUGGUAAUUGUAAAAGUUCGAAAUUUUCAGGAAAGUAA